AUGUGUGCUUCAGUAGUGCGAGACCGACUGGCCGAGAUGCAAAUGAAGCAGCAAGAUUCGGGCAGUGUCAACAAGACGAAAGGCAAGGAAGACGUGCAGAAAGUCUUGGCACAGGUCAGUCGGAUAGAGAAAUUGCUGAAGGAUGUCGAGCAGCAGACCACAACGAUGGUGAAACUGCAGUGCGACAUCCUGAACAACCCGUUCUGCGACAAGACGCAGGUGCUCCUGUGCGACCGAACCAUCUCAAAGAUCCAGACGAACUUACAGCUGGUGCGGGGCGACAUGCGCAAACUGGAGGACGAGAAUCUUCAGAACCAGAAUUCCGGUUUGAUGGACAUGGCCGUGGCCCGCGUCAAGGAACAGCAGGUGAACCGGCUAACCACAGAGUUCAUCCAGGCAACGAACCGGUUCUACAAGGGGCAGGUCGACUACAUGGACAAGAUGAAGCAACGCGUCAAGAAACAGCUGGCCGUCACCGGUUGCCAUGGCAACAUGAGCGAGAGCGAGAUCAGCCAGAUUCUCGACGAUGACUCAUACGCGAUCUUCACGCAGAAUUUCAUAUCGGACGUGAUGAAUGAGGAGAUGGUGCAAUGCAAAAUCGAGGAACGGCAAAAAGAAAUUCUGUCGCUCGAGAAAGGCGUCAUGCAAGUCAACGAGCUGUUUAGGGACAUGAACAUACUAGUCGCCGAGCAGGGGAUGACGAUCCACUCGAUCGACGCGAAGAUUGGUGAUGCCAGCGAAAACGUAGUCUUCGCAAAUGCUCGGUUGAAGCGAGCCAAAAGUUACCAGGCGAAAACGAGACGGUUAAAGUUCUGUAUUGCGGGGAUUGUGAUAGCAGUCAUUGUGAUUAUCAUACUUAUCAUCAUUCUCUCACUGUGCGCUUAG